AAAUGUCCGUGCAUGCCAUCCAACCCGCUGGACUAAUAUGCAAACAAAUAAAAGUUUAAAAAAACCUCAAAACUACAAGAAUUAAAAGUGCAAUUUAUCUUAGAAAGGUUAAGGGACCAGGGUUGAAAUUUCCCCUCUUUUUUUCUUUUUCACGUCAGCACCGGUCAAUUCUUUCCUCCUUCUCUUUCAUUCCUUCUGAUCUGUUUUCGCGGAGAACUCCUUGAAAGCCCGUCGGGAUCCUCAUCCGCCGGUACCCCCUCUGGCCAAAGCCAGUACACAUCGAAAGCAGUCCUCGUCCCCUUUCCAUUGUCUAAAAAUAAACAAACGAUAUGUACGUUCACAAUGGGGUGAUUCACUUUUUGGUAUCAUCCGGGGAAUUAGAGUUGGCAGGUAAGGUGUUUGAUGAAAGGUGUGUGAGAGAUUUGGUUUCUUGGAAUUCUUUGAUUAAUGGCUAUAUUAGGAGUGGGAGAGCGAAGGAAGCUAUAGGACUUUAUAGGAAAAUGCAAGAGGAGGGAGUUGAGCCGGAUGCGGUAACAAUGAUUGGGAUAGUUUCUUCUUGUGCACAGUUGGAAGAUUUGAAACUCGGGAGAGAUUUUCAUAAGUAUAUUGAAGAUCAUGGAUUGAAUUUAACAAUUCCAUUGUCUAAUGCACUCAUGGACAUGUACGUUAAGUGUGGGAAUCUUGAGAGCGCACAAAGGAUAUUUGAUGACAUGGAGAAGAAAACAAUUGUUUCUUGUACUACAAUGAUUGUUGGAUAUACUAGAUUGGGGCUUUUGGAUGCUGCUCGGAAGCUUUUUGAUGAGAUGCCUGAGAAGGAUGUUGUACCAUGGAAUGCAAUAAUCGGGGGUUAUGUUCAAGCCAAAUGUAGUAAGGAAGCUUUGACUUUGUUUCAUGAAAUGCAGGAUGCUGGUAUAGAUCCUGAUGAGGUCACCAUGGUUUCUUGUUUAUCUGCAUGCUCUCAACUUGGAGCCCUUGAUGUCGGAAUUUGGAUUCAUCAUUAUAUUGAAAAACACAAACUUCAUUUAAAUGUUGUGUUGGGGACUGCUUUAAUUGACAUGUAUGCUAAGUGUGGGAACAUCACAAAGGCUCUUCAGGUUUUCCAUGAAAUGCCAUCUAGAAAUUCUUUGACUUGGACAUCAAUAAUUGGAGGUUUGGCUCUUCAUGGAAAUGCACAUGAUGCCCUAUCUUAUUUCUCAGAGAUGGUUAAAGUUGGGUUAAGGCCAGAUGAGGUGACCUUUCUUGGGGUUUUGUCAGCUUGUUCUCAUGGUGGGUUGGUGGAGGAAGGUCGUAAAUAUUUCACCCAGAUGACGUCCAAGUUCAGUCUGUCCCCUCAGCUUAAGCACUAUUCGUGUAUGGUGGACCUUCUUGGUAGGGCUGGGCUUUUAGAUGAAGCUGAAGAGCUUGUCAAGAGCAUGGCAGUUGAGCCUGAUGCAGUCGUGUGGGGAGCAUUGUUCUUUGCGUGUCGAAUGCAUGGAAAUUUUGAGAUGGGAGAAAGAGCUGCUUUAAAACUUCUAGAACUGGACCCUCAUGAUAGUGGGAUUUAUGUACUGCUUGCCAAUAUGUAUGGUGAUGCAAAUAUGUGGGAGGAAGCAGGAAAAGUUAGGAAGAUGAUGAGAGAGAGAGGAGUAGAGAAGAUCCCUGGUUGUAGCUCAAUUGAGGUCAACGGCACUGUUUAUGAGUUCAUUGUUAGAGAUAAGUCUCACCCUGAAUCUGAAAAGAUAUACGGUUGCUUAAUUCAGCUAACACGACAAUCGGGUUUUGCUGAAUUUACGUACGGUCUCUCUGAGCUUGAAACCCAUGGGGUAUGAUGGUCAGAGCAGCUUUUCUUGUCUUCAAGAUGGUUCCAUUUAUUCAAUCUUUCCAAUAAUUUGUUCAAAUUGGAUGAAACCUGAUCAGAUAAUCUUUCUGAAUUGAAGUGGAUUAGUUUGUUCAAAUUGGGAUGAAGCAUAAUCUAUCUAAAUUGCAGGGGAUGAAACCUGACCAGAUAAUCUUUCUAAAUUGAAGUUUUGGUGUAUAAACGCUUGCAGGCUUCGAACCUUACCUGGAUAGGCCUUCAGGAUAUUUCCUGUGGUGGCCAUAGAAGUUUGGUAUCUGUUGGGGUGCUGCAAUUUUUUUCCAGCAUUGGUCUUGAACUGUGCAAAAGACAUUAAUAGAGUCUGCAAUCUGCAUGCUGUAAUGGGGGAAGAGGCAAUCGGUCGACUAAAGACAUUAAUAGAGUCUGCAAUCUGCAUGCUGUAAUGGGGAAGCGGCAAUCGGUCUACUACUGAAGCAGUUGCUGUAGCAUUAUUGUUGUUGACAAUUUUCACUAAAAUUUGUCAACUUAACAUAUUUAUUGCAUCAUAUGAGAGCAGCAGGGGCGGAGCCAGAAAAAUGUCGGGAAGGGAAUUAAGUUGUAUUGUUUUUUUGGUGACAGAAAAAGUACUUAAAACUAACUACAUAAUCUAAAUCAUCCCCCCAACGGGGAGACCUCAAACAA